AUGGACAUGUCCAGAAGCGGCGCGGAUAAAUAUACACCAGGAACAGAAAUUCAAAUCCAGCCACAAUCAGCAUUAAAAAUCUUUCAACAACAGCUGGAUUCAUUUCAGGCACUUCGGCAACAGACUCUGGAGAAUGUUAACAUGGUACAGUCUGAAAUCAGUGAAAUACUGAACAAGAGUGUAGUUGAUGUGAAAACUUCACAGGGUAGCUCAAAAGAGUUUCUGAUGACUAGUUCACCUGCCAAAACACCUGUGUUUACAGAGAGUCCACAAUCACCGUUUUCUAUGAAGGAAUUUCAGUACGAUCAGAAACUCUGCACCCAUCAGCCCCUGGAGGCAAGUUCUAAUAUUUUCCUUGGAAAUGUGGUCGGUGAUGUAAAUAUUUCUCAUCAGAUUUCACUAAAAACUGUAACAGCAGGAAAGAUUGAAAAACCAUUAGGACCAAAUGAAAUCAAAACUAUGAAUACUCUAAGCAAUGAAUAUUUUUUGAAGGAUUUUGUCAAACCUAAAUGUUUUCUACCUUGCACUAGUAUAGAAGCUGCAACUAUUACUCCUGCUAAUGAUAAAUUAAUUUUGGAUGAACCUAAAGCUCCUUUGAGUUUCCUCAAAUAUGAUGAUGAACUUCAUUUAACAGACUUUAACUAUUCUACCAAACAGUUGAAACAAGAACUCCAAAAGCCUCAUGAACGGGAACUAGGACAUGCAUCUGAACUUAAGAAUGUUUCCUGUGGUCAAUAUAAUGAUUCUGAAUAUAUGCUAAAACAAGAUCCCAAAAUAUCAACUCUGUUUUUAUCUUGCAAGAAAUUAAGUGAGGACUCAAAAUCAAUAGAAAUUUCAAAACCUGAAGAAACAGUAGACAAAUCACAUAUUACACUGGUUUCUCUUCAAGGAAAUAAUCUGAAUCUUGAUAAAGAAUUUAAUAAAGAAUCUGAAUAUGAAAACUUAUGGACUUUUGCCCUUAAAAGUACAUGCAGUACCCAAGAAGAAGCUGAAAGCAAAAACAAAAAUGAAUUUUAUAGCACUAGCACUAACAGUGGUGUUGAAGGGUUUCAGUUCAAUGUCUUUUCCAAAACAGUAAAGGAUAAGUUACAAAUGCUUGAUCACAUAGAACAACUGCAGAGAGAAAAAGAAGACCAACUGCACAUACUAAGCCAAAGAAUACUAGACCCUGGAAAUCCUAAAUUCAGUGAAAUCAAAGCUGCGUCAGAGUACUCUGAAAAAAUUGAAGUGUCACAAAAUUCCUCCAAAUAUUCUGAACACUUACAAAAUAAAAUGCUGCAACUUGAGAAUGAAAACAUAACUUUCAAGGCUGAAGUGAAACAUCUUACUGUUAUCAUACAGUCUCUGAGAGAAAAAAGCUCAAAAUAUGAAAAGCAAAUUAAAGCUCUGGCUGUAGAAAAGCAAAACAUGAAAGUCAGAUUAGUUAAAUCAGAAGAAGACAGCAAGGAAUGUAUUAAAGAAGUGAAAAGGUUGUUACGAAAAUGUAAAGAAUUUCAGAACCAAAAGAAAACUCUCCAAGAACAGAGAAGCCAACUCUGUAUUGAAAACCAAUGUAUGAGGCAAGCAUUAGACGACUUUAAAAUUAAGAAUCAGGAAGCACAAGAACAGAUGAUCGCUGCUACUGCUGAAAAAGAUAAACUCACUGUGGUACUGGAUUCUUUGCAAAAGGAAUCUUUGGUCUUACGAGAAGUAAAUCGGAAACUAGAAACAAAAACAUCCCAGCUUAUACAAGAAAAAGCCUCACUUGAAAAAGAACUUGUACAAAAUCAGGUUGAAAUAAAGCAACUGAAAGAAAAAGAAAACGUAACAAAAUCUGAACAGGAGACUCUUCUUCAAUCGGUGCAGUUACUUAAAGAAAAAAAGUUUAACCUUGAAAUGGCAUUGCAGGAAUGUGCUAAUGUGAGACAAAUGCAACAGAAGGAGCUUGAGAAAGUCCAAUCAGAUAAAACUUAUGCCGAGGAGAAACUCCUUACUGAACUUAGAAAUGCAAAAGCAGAAAUUGACUUUUUGAAAAUUAAUUUGGCCAAUGUGGACAGAGACCAGGACAGGUUAUCAGUUGUUGUCAGAAACAUCACAGAGGAAAAUCGGCUACUUAAAAAAGAAAUACAGGACCAUAAACUUGAUGUUUCCAAAUAUCAAAUUAGCAUUGGAAGACUCAAUGAGGACCACUUACUAAUGGAAAACCACGUAAGAACUAUAGAAAAUGAGAGGGAUGUAUUGCAGUUUGAAGUCCGCCACCUGCAGAAGGACUAUAUUAAUCUGCAGGACCAAAUCACUGCCCUGGUUAAUGAGCAAUGUAAAUACACAUAUACUUCAGGGAGUCAGGAGAAAGUUCACUCUACAUAUUCCAUGGAUAUUUGUGAAGAAAUUUCUGAUUACAAAUGUACAGCUUUAGUAUAUAACCCACAAGGUGUGUAUCAUACAUUACAAGAUCUUAGUGGACUAGUGGUAUUUUAUUAUUAUUAUUUUUUUUUAUUUACCUCAUUUUAGACCCAAGUAGCUUUUCAGAUAAAAUUAUUGACUAAAAGUAUUAACAUAUCUGAAUAUUUGUUUGAGUUUUCUGACUAGGGAAGUUCUAGGACCAGUUUAAGAUUUGUUUUUCUAAUUUUAAGAAUUUCUUGUUUCUGGAAAAAAAGUUUCUAUAUACCACAGCAUUUUUUUCUAAUACAACAAAACCACAAUGAGGAUUUUAUCCAAAGCAUUUUGAAGGCCUGGGAGUUUUUCCUUUUGAAAUAGAUGACCCUUAGAUUGGACCUUUAAAGUGAUAAAUUGUUCUUUCAGGGCCAUUUCUCUUUUUUGUCCUAAUUAGGUACUGAAAGAAAUUCUUCCCACUAUUUUUAAAAGAAAACUGUUUUUCUUUUUCAGGCAAUUCCAGCUAAACUGCAACAGUCUCUUGAUUUGGAGAAACUGUAAUAAACAUGCCUUCUUUUAAACCAAUUAAAAUGCUACUGUCCGAUUAUUUCAUUACCACAGUGAUCUAUUUGUUUAAAGCUUAUUUUUACAGUCAGCAUUUUCCUAUAUGCUUUUUUUGAAUGCCCAACUCUUGGCUGCAUUUCAUUUUUACUAAAAGGAGAUUUGCUGCAGCUGUAAAUUGUUAUAGGACCAAUGAAGUCAAAGAAGCCAUGACUAUUUAUGCUACCUAUGGUUCCCACCCACAAAUUUUAAGCUUAGAAAAGAGUGUUAGCUUUUCUAAUCUAACUACUUAACAGAGUCCAGAACACUUUGCAUAGUUAUUUUGG